GACUGUGCUGCGCACAUCCACAGGUGUGUAAAGUAAAAGUCACUUCCGCAAACUGACUACACACGGUUGUUGUUUUCAGUUGUACGGUCAGACGUGUUCGUCGUGGUGUGUAGUUGAAAUCACUAAAUUGAAGUGGAAGCAGAGAAAUCAAAAUAAAAUUUAACUUGAUUACAAAGCAAACAAAUCAGGCACUGAGUCUCAGUCUGAGGCAGUAGCCUACGGAGUACCACAUCACUAUCUAUGCAGAAGUUGACUGGAAGGCGAAAGGAAUUUUUGUGCUAAAGAUAAUGGAUUGCUGGAACAUCACUCAGAGGUUGGAGUAAUCAAUCUGAGGUAGGUCAAGCUCAGAGGUAGAAAAUGAGUAUGAUAGCAGAUGAGUUACCAGUAAAGUCUGGCUUCCUGUAUAGCCCCCAGCAUAGAAUCACAGGUAUUUUAAAGCGAACAUGGAUGAAACGAUACUAUGGACUAUUCGUGGCGAGCGACCAUGGACGUCCGAGGCUCGAAUAUUCCGAUUCGGAGGAUCAGUUCUACGGAAGCCCGACGACACGGAAGCUGAUUCCACUCGCGGAUUGCGUGAAGGUCGUCGAGGUGCCACACAAGACGCAGGAGUUUGUGUUUGAGAUUGCCACAGGUGCUAAGGUGCACCAGUUCUCGACGGAGAACAUGCGGGAACUCAGGUCGUGGCUCCCCAGACUGCAGAAGGUGCUGUUUGGAAGCAGUUGGUACUCGACCGAUUACAGUGAUGAUUUUGAUCAAGGGGAUGAUGACAGUGACUCUCUUGAAUUCAUUUCCAAAGAUUUAUUCUCAGAUACAUGUACGAGUCAGCGGUCCUAUGCAGUCGAUGAGUUUAUGGUGGAGAUGCUGAACAGCGAGGCUUCGAAACGUUGUGGCCUGCAUGGAACCUACCUAUUGCAAGUUCUUUCGGACAGAGUGACCAUGAGACGUCCCUUUAAGUGCGAUGUCAUCCUGGUGUGGCCUUACAAGUUGAUACGGAAAUAUGGCAAGCUGAAGGGAUCAUUUAAUUUUGAAGCGGGCAGACGGUGUGAAUCUGGCCAGGGAGUCUUUGCAUUUGCCACGGACCAUGGGCAGGAAGAAUCCAUCUUCAAUUUGCUGAGAACUAAAUCUAGGAUGAGCAAUCUGCAGGAGUCGAACCUAGGUGUCAACCAGGCAGAGCUUCCCCCGCUCAGUCAAUCAACUUUGAUCUCGGCUCGUGAGCCAAGAAUUUUGGGAGCGAAGGUCAUGCCGGACUAUGACGAUGUUGACAAGAUCCCUGUAGGUUCAAAGGGAUACCAAGCAUGUGAGCUAAUAGUCAGUGGGAUGUCUCCCACGAUGAUGUCACACACCGAGAUGUCACACACUGGCACGUCACAUGCCGAGAGCGGUGACGACAGUCAUAUAUACGAUGAACCGGACGAGUCUCCGCCAGGUUUAAUAAAACAUUUUGAGGAGGGUAGUAAUGACCAGUAUGCAUACACUAUCGACCGUCUUGAUGGGCCAGCAGAUGCGUGGAAACAUCAAGGGAGAGAUGACUCUUGCAAUGACCGUGUUGUUCUGAAUGGAGACCGACCGUCUGUGCCAGAGUCCAGGGUGAAACAGAUAGCGAGAGUGCUGUCACAGCAAGUGGCGGCCACCGCAGAAAGCAACGCUCAGAGAGCGAGGCAGCAGCAAGACGCGGGCAGCCAUCCGAACAGAUGCGUGACAACGAGCGGUCCAUGUGUGAACGGUAAGCCCCUGCCUCCCAUGAAGCCACCAAAGAAGACUGAAUCAUUACUCCGGAGGAUGGCGCUGCAGCAAGAGCAGCUUCGUGACUACGACAGCCUCGACUUACACCAGGAGAGGGCGCCACUGGCUCAGAAGCGGGACGAGGUGGACGAAUAUGACAGGCUCGACAUCCUGGAGAGGGCGCCGCUGGCGGCGACGUGUGCAUCCGAGAACGUGUACGAGCGGCUGAAGAUGGCGCAGCCGACGCUGGGCGAAUACCGCGAUCCGGCGGAUGCCGUCGUGCGCUGACUUUACUUGACCUGCAUGGUAUGUUGACCUUACGUGACCUGCAUGGUAUGUUGACCUUAUGUGACCUGCAUGGUAUGUUGACCUUACGUGACCUGCAUGGUAUGUUGACCUUAUGUGACCUGCAUGGUAUGUUGACCUUACGCGACCUGGUACGCUGAUGUCACACAACCUGGAGUUACCUUACUUGGAGUUUACCAUGUGCAGCUAGGGUGAUGUUUGGAUGCAGUCCUGUAUCAGUCAUAUUAGGCAGGGUUCUCCUCAGGAACUUCAGAAGACAGGUUAGUCAAUCAGGCAAUUCAUCCCCGAUUGCUAAUCGGAGUCAAUUGCGUGUGCUGUACGCGCCUCCACUGCGCAGGUAAACUCGAUCAGUGCAUAUAGGUAUACAUCAAGCUGUAAAAACAGUAUGACUGCAUUGGAAUUGUCAAACGUAAACACAGUUAGAAAUGAAAGCAUGUCGAUUAGACUGUAAAGGCAUGUUGGAGGAUUUAUGGGAUGUUGCAAACUAGCUUUAGCUUUGAAGGCAUGUUGGACCCAGCAUGUAUGUAUGACCUGGGGAGAACCCUGUUAGGAUUAACAUUAGUCUUCUUGAUGUAUAGCCAGAGUACAAGCAAUCAUGUGAUGUGACCGAGCAGGUCUUGAAAAGAGUUAUCACAAUGUCUUAUGCGCUAUGUUAAUACUUCCUGUAAUUCUUUUUCAAAUAUUUUAUAUUUUGUAAAUUUGUGCGAUAGUAGAGACUAGUGCUGUAUAAUAAAUCAUAUUAAUAUAUGGGAUUUUUUAAGGGGGCAUUAUUGCGUUAUUCAACCACCGUACAUGCAAUAAUAAUGUAGUAGUAUGUUGCUAACCCCAACAAAUUUUUGUGCUUCCUAGUACUUGAGUUACCCUAGAAUAUCCUGGCGACCUUAGCAUUUUUAUUGCAUAAAAAAAUCAGGCUUAGAGCACCCAUGGUGUGUUGGGUACCCAUUGUAACACCUCGGAUGUUACAAUACAAUGAUCACAUAUCUUCCUUUCCAUUCCUUUCUUCCUUUCCGAUUCCUUUUUCUCUUGGAUAAUAGACAGGGCUGUGGAUCCACUUGUACCACCAGGUAGUGAGCUUGUGAGUGGAGCAGGGUCUAGUGUCCACUCUGAACAGAUGCAUGCAAAGCAGAAUAAAAAUAGUUUGAAAACUC